AUGACCUUCUCCUCCUCUCUUUUUUUGGUUCUUUUCGCUGGAAUUAUUAUAAUUUCUACUGUUCAAGCUCUCCCACCAAAAGGUUGCACAUCCUGCCUAAUGGUGCCGAUUGAAGAGACCGAAAAAGCUGGAAUUUCGAGCACCAACAAGACCAGAAACACCGAAACUGGAUGCUUUGUUCAAACCGUACAAUGUAUGUCCAAGGAAAACGAUUCCGACACCUACAUCCAAUUCAACAAAGGUCGUAAAGGCCUAUUCGCUGCCGUUCAACAAACGAUUCAACUGAUUUGUAACGAAGAAGGAAAAUGGGAAUUCCGUCAUUCGAAACUGACACUUACCAAACUUCUGGAACUAUGCUAA